CGUUUUCAUUUUGGACGCGGCUCAAGAUUACAGGUGACCGCGGUGCCCCAAAGCGCCAGGUGGAAACUUUUUCCCGGGGUGACGUGACAGACGGAAGAUGCAAAGCAGCCCGCUCCGAGACCCCGGCCCGUUCUGGACGCGCCCAGGGUCGGCGGCCGAGGCGACCCCGCCCCGCCGCAGGGCGUGGGGCCCAGCGAGCGCCGGCGCCACGUGCGUGACCUGCCCCGCCCCUCGCCCGCCGCGAGUCACAGAGGCCGGGGCGCGCCCCACCCAGCCCCGGGCCGGCAGCCGGGGACUCGCCCCGUUCGCCCUCCUCCGGGUCGGCUGGCCGCUGGGGCGGGGCCGGCCCUUAGGCGGGGCGGCACCCGGGCAGGCUCGUCAGUCAAGCACCGCGGGCGGCGGCCUGGCGAGCGCACGAGCCGAGCUCAGUUCCCCCAAAAUUAUAAAAGCAGGAAAACUCAAGACAAAGAAAUCCAACAAGGCUAGUGAUUUCAGCGAUAUGGCAAAUUGGCCAACACCAAGUGAAUUAGUGAACACUGGAUGUCAGAGUGUCCUCAGCCAAGGAAAUAAGAAGCCACAAAAUAGGAAAGAAAGAGAAGACAAGGUCGAAAAGAGAAGUAACAGUGAGAGCAAAGAAAGCCGGGAAACAAAAUUAGAUGGUCCUGGAGAAAAUGUCAGCGAGGAUGAGGCUCAGUCAAGUAAUCAACGAAAGAGAGCUAAUAAGCACAGGUGGGUACCACUCCACUUAGAUGAUGUAAGACCAGACAGUCAAGAAAGACCAGGAUCCCGGAACAACUCAAGAUGUCAACUUGAAGUAAAUAAAUCAUCACAUAACAAUAGGAGAAAUGAUACACGAAGUUGGAGGCGUGAUAGAGAAAAGAGAGAUGAUCAAGAUGAAGUUUCCAGUGUGAGAAGUGAGGGUGGUAAUAUUCGAGGUUCCUUUAGAGGCCGAGGAAGAGGCCGGGGACGUGGAAGAGGACGAGGCAGAGGAAAUCCUCGAGUGAACUUUGAUUAUUCAUAUGGUUAUCGAGAACAUGGUGAAAGGACUGAUCAACCAUUUCAGACAGAACUUAAUACCAGUAUGAUGUAUUACUAUGAUGAUGGUACAGGCGUACAGGUGUAUCCUGUGGAAGAAGCAUUGCUUAAAGAGUAUAUUAAGCGCCAAAUUGAAUAUUACUUCAGUAUAGAAAAUUUGGAACGGGACUUCUUUCUUAGGAGAAAGAUGGAUGAACAAGGUUUCUUGCCUAUUUCCCUGAUUGCUGGUUUCCACCGUGUUCAGGCUCUCACUACAAACCUGAAUCUCAUUUUAGAGGCACUGAAGGAUAGCACAGAAGUGGAAAUUGUGGAUGAGAAAAUGAGAAAAAAAAUAGAACCAGAAAAGUGGCCAAUUCCGGGCCCUCCUCCACGUAGUGUGCCACAAACAGACUUCUCACAACUGAUUGAUUGCCCAGAGUUUGUACCAGGCCAAGCCUUUUGUUCACAUACAGAGUCUGCCCCAAAUUCUCCAAGAAUUGGAAGUCCACUGAACCCAAAGAAAAAUACUGACACAAGUAAUCUUCAAGCAAUGUCUAGAGGUUUGUCUACCAGUUUGCCUGACUUGGACUCAGAACACUGGAUAGAAGUCAAAAAGAGACAUCAUCCAUCCUCAGUGAAAUUGAGGGAAUCGACAUCUCUACCUGAAGAGGGAGCAAAUCAACUGUAUCCUCCAGAUGAAGAAGAACAAGAAGAACUUGAUUUUUUGUUUGAUGAAGAGAUGGAACACAUAGAAGCACGAAAAAACACAUUUACUGGUUGGUCUGAUAAUGAUUCAGAUUAUGAAAUUGAUGACCAGGAUUUAAACAAGAUUUUGAUUGUAACUCAGACACCACCUUACAUGAGAAAACAUCCUGGAGGAGAUCCAACGGGCAACCAUAUGUCUCGGGCAAAAAUUACAUCUGAGCUUGCUAAAGUUAUCAAUGAUGGCUUAUAUUAUUAUGAACAGGAUCUAUGGAUGGAAGAAGAUGAAAACAAACACACAGCCAUAAAGCAAGAAGUUGAGAACUUUAAGAAGCUAAAUCUCAUUAGUAAAGAGCAGUUUGAAAACCUAACACCUGAACUUCCUUUUGAGCCAAACCGAGAAGUUCCUGUAGCACCUUCACAGUCCAGGCAAGAUUUGACUGAUGAAUUAGCUCAAAAGGUGUUUGAUGUUUCAGAAAUAUCUUCAGCAACAAUGGCCCAUUCAUUGCCCACAGGAGUUCCAGAAUCUCCUAGAAUUUAUCCUGCAAGGACACCAAAAACACCUCGAACACCCAGGUUACAAGAUCCAAACAAAACACCGAGAUUUUAUCCUGUUGUUAAAGAACCAAAAGCCGUUGAUGUACAGAGUCCAAGAAAGAGAAAAACAAGACAUAGUACAAACCCCCCUCUAGAGUGUCAUGUUGGUUGGGUUAUGGAUUCCAGAGAUCAUGGGCCAAGAACAUCCUCUGUCAGCAGUUCAAACGCUUCACCUUCAGAAGGUGCACCACUAGUAGGAAGUUAUGGAUGUACUCCUCAUUCAUUCCCAAAGUUUCAGCACCCUUCUCAUGAACUUUUGAAAGAAAAUGGCUUUACCCAACAAGUGUACCUCAAGUAUCGUCGAAGGUGCCUAAGUGAGAGAAAACGCUUGGGAAUUGGCCAGUCCCAAGAAAUGAAUACCCUCUUUCGUUUCUGGUCCUUUUUCCUCAGAGAUCACUUCAAUAAAAAAAUGUAUGAGGAAUUUAAACAACUUGCUUGGGAAGAUGCAAAAGAAAAUUACAGGUAUGGCUUAGAAUGUCUGUUCAGGUUUUAUAGUUAUGGACUGGAAAAAAAAUUCAGACAAGAAAUUUUUAAGGAUUUCCAAGAAGAAACCAAAAAAGACUACGAAUCUGGUCAGCUGUAUGGAUUAGAAAAGUUUUGGGCAUAUCUAAAAUAUUCUCAAUCUAAGACACAGUCUGUUGACCCAAAACUUCAGGAAUAUCUCUGUAGCUUUAAGAGGUUGGAAGACUUCCGUAUUGAUCCUCCUAUUAGUGAGGAAUUUGGAAGAAAAAGACAUUCAUCUACUUCUGGUGAGGAGAGUAACCGUCAUAGACUUCCGUCUAAUUCCUCUACAAAGCCACUGAACGCUGCUAAUCAGCUUGAGGUCCCAGUACUCUCUCCCCGAACGGGUACUUCCCAGGAGUCCAGUGACGACUCGCACCAGCACAGUGCUGCCGCAACAGAUGGUGAAAGGCCUGAGAAAUAGACUCUCAUGAAAGCGGUUUGCCCUUGAAAUCUACGUUUACGCCAGUCUUUGUUUGGGAAGAAUCUUCUGAUGUUUAAUUGUGAUAAUCAGAGAAAAGAAAAAGAAAGAAAAUGGUAGCGUUUUUUUCUAGCAAGAUAAAUUCUAAAAACAUUUUCCCUGAUUUCAUGAUCAAGGGUGGUUUUGGUGACCUUUCAUAGAGAUCCUCUAGUAACGUAUUUUGGUCUCAGUAUUUUUCAAAGCCAUUGGUUACAAGAACAGCAUUCCUUAAAUAUAUGCAGAACCACACAAGGAAUGCCUAACAUUUCAGCUCAUACUUCUUAAAGAAGAUAUAGUAGGUUGUAUUCAUCCUUCUAUAGAGCUUUCUUAAAGAAUCCAAUUCCCCACUCUCAAUUCAUAUUUGAACUUAUCAAAAACAAAGGAAGAUUAUGUAUAUAUUUUUUUAAUUUUGAAAAAGAAUAUGAAAUGAUACAUUUUCUUUUCUUUUAGAUGUUUAGUUUAAAGGAAACUUUUUUUUACACAAAAGUAGAAAUAUAUUGCAGUUAUAUUGAAGUAUAUGCCCUUUGGAUGCUGAGUUUUGCUUUUUCCCCCAGUCAUACCUCAUGAUUUCCAUGGUUACUGUGUUGGUGUGGAGUCUUCUGAAUUGGCAUCAGCUGGUUACGUAUUAGGAGAGAUUUACUUUUUGUGACUCUAUAUAAACCUGCACAAGUAAUUGAAAACUGGGUUGGGAUUGGUUGCAAUAUUGUCCCAAAUUCAUUAAAUCUUGCACCGUUUUGAUUGCAUCUGCUGUUUGUACAUCUGCAGGUGGGUAUGUCAGUCAGUCAGGUUAUCUUCAAUUUACAAGGGGUACUUAGUUUUUUCUUUUUGUUUCUUUUAGUUUUGUUUUAUGCUCAUAAGUGUUUUUGAGAGUUAUAGCAGAUUGAUUUCUAAUUUUUAUUGCUAUUGUGACUGGUGUAAAUGAUAGUUUCAGUUUUUGUGGGAAUUUAAAAAAAAUAAAG